GUCGAUCUCCCUAACCUCCAAAGCCGCGCGAGCGCAGCGAUUCUCGACGGGAACCUCUUUCUCUCUCUCUCUCUCUCUCUCUCUCUCUCUUUCUCUCUCUCUCGCGUUCGCACGUAGUUCCAUCUGUCCGUCCUCCCCGUCCUCCUGCGUGCGAUCGCUCCCGUUCUGAUUUCCCUAAAGUUCCCCUAUUGCCUCGAGUUUUGCCGUCUCUCUAUCUCGUGUGUACUCCAUCGUCCGUUCGGCGUGGGGGAGAAACGUAAUAACGCGCCGAACACAUCACAUAUCCAGAACGGCCGCGGCCACGCGUUUAAAGGGACACGCAGCGAGUGCAACGACGCGCAGCUACGCAGAGUUGGAGGUUGGAAAUAGUGCUGAGUUGGACAGCGAGAAUCGCAUUGACAAACAGACAGCGGUAUUGUUGUGCGGAGUGCGGAGUGGCGAAACACGGUGGCACACGACUCGUCACGACGAAGCAGGCAAAAUUCCGACGAUUUACGGUCUAUGAGCGCCAAGGGCCAGGAGGACCCUGGGGAAGAUCACGUUUCCAGGGUAGAAGAGGAGAGCCCUUGCAGCGACAUGAAGCGCGCAGCUGCAAAAAAGCUUAUUGAACGAUAUUUUUACCAGCUUACGGACGGAUGUGGAAAUCCCCAUUGUGACAAUCAGCAUUGUGCCUCAAGUGGCAAAGUUACUAAUCUCACCCCAAAUCAAGCAGCUGCUCAAGCGAUUCAGUUAUUCUCGCAGGAAGCAAGACUUUGCGACGGUACGCAACCCAGUAAAGUUGCUCGGACUAUAGAACCUGGACAAACAUCACUAGCUAAGAGUCUACCUGUAAAAAAUGUCAAUUCUACAAGCUCCGAUGAAGGUAAACAAGAGCUGUAUCUCACAGAAGCUAAACUUCUGGAUAUCAUAGAAAAAUGUAAAAUGGAAGGUUCAUAUUCUUUAUUAAUUCGUACAUUGGGGGAAGUGUUUUCUUCCGGGAAGGCGUUAAGCAUGAGUUUCCGAAAGACUGAGAAAAGCAAUUCUCCUUUGGUGGCGCUUCUUGAAAAGGCGCCGGAUACCUUGUUAAGGCCACCCGCAGAUCUGGAUAAAGAGACGGUGCGAUCUCUUCAGGGGGAGGACAAAGAACAGGACAGCAGUGAUCCAUCACCUACAGUUCCUAAUAAUGACGACACUACCGUUGAUUUACCAUCGGUUCGCAGAGCGUUCGAGGCGCUUUGGUCUGUGCCAGGCGAGGUAUUCGAGUCAGCUCUGGUCAAUGCGCUAGUCACGUUGGCAGAUGACAUAGAGUUAGAUCUGAGAGUAUUCCGCAUAAUGCGCUGGGACAAUAUGGACACGUUAUUACAUAUAUUCCUCAUUGUCUUUGAAAUUCCGAUGCUCGGAACCAGCGAAUACUUGGAAUUGGUCCUCCACAUGUUGUGUAAAGCGUGUAGCUGCCUGCCUAUAGUGGCGCAAGCUAAACUGACACGCUUGUGGGCCAAGCACUGCAAAUCACGACUCCCGAGUCUUCUGCAGGCGCUUCAAGAGCUCAUAACUGUCAAGGUAAUAGGGGGUUCCUUCACGCGUGACUACUGCGUCCAAGAUGCGGAUACUAUUACUGCACCGACGAAAGUUAUGAAAAUUCUGUACUACGCGAGUAUGCUGGCUGGUGAACUAGAGGAAGUGGUAUCGAGCGACGAGAAUGAGUCGGCUAGUAGCGACAAAGGCGCCUCGCGUUCAUCAACGUCACAAAUCCCCCAGGAUCCCUUAGCGACAGAAUUGGGGAUUACAGCAUUGGACGCGCGUAAACCUCUAAUACCGUUUACCGAUUUCUACAAUGAACCGCUCAGCGACGCUAUAGAGAUGGACAAAGAUUUCGCUUACUACAAGAGUGAAGAGCCGAUGAAGUUUAGCUUCAUGAAUUAUGCGUUCAUUCUUACGCCAGCUACUAAGACCCUGGGUCUGUAUUACGACAAUCGCAUCAGAAUGUACAGCGAGCGACGUAUGAGCUUUUUGCAGACCGUUGUUGGACAGCCCACCAAUCCAUAUCUCAGACUAAAGGUUCGAAGAGACCAUCUGAUAGACGACGCGCUAGUGGAAUUGGAAAUGGUUGCGAUGGAAAACCCGUCUGACUUGAAGAAACAGUUGGUCGUCGAGUUCGAAGGAGAACAAGGCGUCGACGAAGGCGGCGUGUCUAAAGAGUUCUUUCAACUAGUCGUAGAGGAAAUUUUCAAUCCGGACUACGGCAUGUUCACCACACAAGAGGACACGCAGAUGACGUGGUUCAAUCCGACGUCAUUCGAGAGUGACGCGCAGUUCACCCUAAUAGGCAUCGUGCUUGGCUUAGCAAUUUAUAACAAUGUGAUCUUGGACGUGCGUUUCCCAAUGGUGGUUUACAGAAAGUUGCUAGGCAGGAAGGGCACCUUCGCCGAUCUGGAGGAUUGGAGCCCAACGUUGUACCGAACGAUGAAGGAAUUGAUGGAGUACACCGGAGACGAUAUGCCGGAGACGUUCAUGCAAACCUUCCGAGUGGGUUACAGGGACGUGUUCGGAUCAAUAUCGUUCCACGAGCUCAAAGAGAACGGUGACGAACUGUACGUCACGCAGGAGAAUAAGAAGGAAUUUGCCGACCUCUAUGCGGAUUUCCUGCUGAAUAAAUCUAUGGAGCGGCAGUUCAACGCUUUCCGACGUGGUUUCCAGAUGGUCACGGACGAGAGCCCGCUGGCGUUGCUCUUCAGACCGGAGGAAAUCGAGCAGCUGGUUUGCGGGAGCAAGAUCUUCGAUUUCGCCGAGCUGGAGGCGGCUACCGAGUACGAGGGCGGUUACACCGUGGACAGCGAGGCGGUGCGUAAUUUCUGGCGUGUGGCGCACUCCCUACCACCCGAGAGCCAGCGAAGGCUCCUGCAGUUCACGACCGGCAGUGAUCGAGUACCGGUCGGCGGCCUCUCGAGACUCAAAAUGGUCAUUGCCAGACACGGUCCGGACUCCGACAGAUUGCCGAUAGCACACACGUGCUUCAAUGUUUUACUGUUGCCGGACUACAGUACGAUAGAGAAACUGCAGGACCGCCUGUUGAAAGCAAUCAAUUACUCGAAAGGUUUCGGCAUGUUAUGAAUACGUGCCGCGCAUCGCUCCACUUUCUUCCUCAGUCUUUCGAAUUAUACUUCAAGUACACGAUAAGAUUCAACUCCCCUCGCCAUUUUAUUCGCAGCUAAUCGCUAAUCGGAAACCGUGCCAGUGCGCUUAAAAUACGACACAAAACACACCGCUUGUGUACCGUGUACCGUCAAGAGUUCUCCUGACAUUCGAACAAAUUCCAACGAAUCAAAAAGAUCGAAGACCUUUGUGCAUAAAACGGGUAUUCUUGGGAAAAAAAACGAGAGAAAAAGAGGGAAACGCUUCGAAACUAUCUCCGCACCACCCGCAGGAAUCGCUUGUAUCAUAGUGUGUACUUUUUCUACUAAUGUACAAGAUAAUGAAGACCGAUUUUGAUGGCCAUUCCGAAACGAUUGCGAGAAGAAGUGUAAGAGAGACAUUAACAAAAAAAAACGCACGACUGCAAUGAGUGUAAAAAAAACGCGGGUACCGAACCAGGAGGUACCGCGUCAUAGAAAUAAAUAUGUAAUUUUAGCGAGACGUAUAGAUAACAGAAUGCGUUCCGGGAACUCAAUGGCCGUACAAUCGUUGCGUGAUUUUAUUCGCCGUUGAUUCCGUUUCCAACAACAAGAGCAAUCUACCAAUUUUUUUUGUUUUUUUUUUACCAGAAAAAAAAUUCGUCGCUAACGCAGGUCGUUAAUUCUAACAUAACGGAUGGAAUUUUAAUCAGAAAGUGAAAUGUUUAUUGAUUGUAAAGUAUUUAAUUGAGAGCAUAUAUAUAUAUAUACAUAUAUAUUUAUGAUAAAACGUGAUGUAACGAGUCAUACGAUAUUUAGUUUGGGAGUAAACUUGACAAGAUUGUCGAAAUGAACGUGUAAAGAUCAUUUACUUGUCUCUGAAUUUUUGAUAUGCAACCGUUUAGAUUCCAGAACGCAUCUGAGAGCUGCAAAGCCGAAAACAACCCUUGUAGGAGACUGAGCUAAUGUCACUUUGAACGAAGGUUUUUGUAAAGGAAAGCAAAAAAACAAAUGGCGCUUUUGUAUUGUACCUUUCUUUCGAUUUCGAACAUUUUUCUCAUGCAUCACACGUCACGGUGGUCAAGUAGUGGAAUCGAAUAGAGAUUAUAAAUUUGUAUAAACGUUUAUGAACGUUUAGGCAGCGUUCUUUUCGAACGGCUACCUAAAUUAUCAGCCGUCUUAUUGUUAUUCACGUGACAAUAAAGCUCUCAAGAGAAAAGAAAAGAG